AUGGAUGACAACGAUGUCAAGGCUCCUUGUUUGUCAUUAUUUGUGGGUAACUUAAAUCCAGAUUACUCAAAGGAGCUGCUGAGUUACAUGCUGAAGGAUUUACUUGCUGCAAUCAACAUUGUCCUGCAAAGACAUGACAUUGAAGUCUUCAAGAAGCACAAACGAGCCCAUGCAUUUAUCCACCUGAAGACAGAGAAUGGAGUUCAAAAUAUCUUGAAACAACUUCAAGAUCCUGCCAUUUUGGAUCAAAACCAUAUGAAAGGAUUGGUAGUUAAAGGGAAAACAUUAAAGGUUGCAAGGGAUAUCCGUGACUUUUCAGAUUACACUUUUGAUAAGAACAAUUCUCCAGAUACGUCAAAAUAUGAAUCCCACAGUCAAGGACAAAAGGACAAGAGGAGACUGGAACAAACACAUGACACAUUGGGAUACACCACAGGGAAAUCCAGCUACCUUGCAAACAAAGUUAUGGAUCAUUUAUCAACUCCUCUGAGUGGUACCAAGUCAGACAGCGCCAUCAUCGGUGGGGAGAUUGCUGGGCAGGAGCGCUUAUUUUACGGGGCACUGAUGGGGAGUGAGACAAGGAAUGUUGAAUUCAAGCGAGGAGGAGGAGAAUACCUGAAUGUGGCUCUGAAGAACCAUGUUAGGAAAUACGUCUGUGCAUUUCUGAACAGUGAAGGAGGCAGUCUGUUUGUAGGUGUGAACGAUGAUGGCACUGUUUGUGGUGUCGAAUGUAAUCACAAAGAUGAAGAUCGGGUUAGACUUCUGAUAGAUUCAAUUGUGAAAGGGUUUAAACCACCACUCUUCCCCAAUUCCUACUCUAUCACCUUCCUUCCAGUCAUCAAGGAUGGGGACACCGGGAUGUUUCUGAAAGUUAUGAGGUUAACUGUGCAUCCACCCAAGAAGGAUGGUGAUGUGUUACUGUAUGAGACUGACCAGGGUGAAGUGUACAUUCGUCGAGAUGGUAGCAUCCAAGGUCCACUAUCAGGAAGUUCCAUUCAGGAAUGGUGCAGACAGAAAUGGACAGUGGAAAUCAAGAAACUGCAAGACACAAUCGACAGCUUAGUCAAACAGGAACACCGCUUGCAGGAGGAACUUCGUCAGCAGCAACAGUCAAUCCUGGAACUGCAACAGUUGCAGCAAGAACUACAGGCAAUGAAUUCAGACAAGAUCGCAGUGUCAAAUCUGUGCUGCAUUAUUUAA